AUGGCCGAGGAGGGCGUCGAGAUGGACGCCGUCGUCGCGCUCGGCGAGCUCGGCGCGCCCCUGUCGCCGGAGCCCGAGAUCCACAAGGCCAUGCUGGUACUGCUGUGCCGCGUCUUCGACUACGAGCUGAGGACGGAGGACCUCUUGGAGCUGUGCCGGGGCAACCGGCGCCUCGCCCUCGAGACGGUCUGCGGGUUGCUCGAGGACGGCGAGGCCGUGUCGACGGCCGUCGCCCAGCGCCAGGAGGCCCAGGGCGGCCAGCGCGCGGUCUGGGAGAAGGUCGUCGUCGCGCAGCGGUGGGAGCGGAGCCUCGUCGCGCAGGCGUGCUGCCUCCUGCGCGGCUUCACGCACCCGGCGACCUACUUCAAGGCCAUGGACGAGGGCUUCUACUUCCUCGAGUGCGGCGUCGAGCUGCCGGAGUACUGCAUCGAGCAGUUCUCGCUCGAGAUGCACGGCCUCCUCGCGGUCGCGAUGCGCGACCAGCUCGUGGAGAAGCUCUCCUACGCGCUCCACGACGCCCUGUUCCACGGCGAGGCCCGGGUGCUGUCCAACACGGAGCACGCCGCCGUCUUCGCGGCGCACAACUUCUUCCAGAAUCUGUACCUGUACGGCGGCGGCGUCGACGCGCCCUUGGAAGGGCCGUCGCUCGCGGAGAUUUAUAGGGGCCACCUCAUCUGCGACACGCUGCUCGUGCCCCAUCUCGUGCUGCCCUACCUCGAGCGCUGCAUCUACCACGCCCAGGUGCUCCACCGGCGCCACCUGGCGUCGCGCGACGCGCUCGCGAUCCUCGGGCCCGAGUGCGAGGGUUUGGUCGACGACGUCACCGCGCGCGACAUGGACGACCCGGCGCUGACCCACGGCAUCGCCGCGACGCUGCGCACUUUAGUGAUUGCGACGUUCCGGGCGCCGCGGACCCGGGUCAUGUUCCAGAUCCUGCGCCGCUUCAACCCGACGCCCGCGCUGCUCGAGAUGAAGGGCUUCGUCGCGCGCCACGAGUACGUUUUUACAUUGCUCCUCCAGCUCAACGUGAACAUGGGCUCCUUCGACGUGUCCCGCGGGGCCAUGAAGGAGAGCCUGGCGGACGUCUACAAGGGCUUCACGCUCCUCCAGGACGUCGCGGACGUCUACGCGUCGCUCGACGGCGACAAGAAGCGUAGAAUUUUGCGGCGCCUCGAGCAGAGCGGCGCGCUGCCGCUGGCGCGCGACACGCCGUCCUACACGGCGCUGCUGAACCUGCUCUGGGGCGGCGGCGGCGGCCAGUUCGAGUACCUGCGGACCGCGCACCGCGCCGCGGUGUCGCUCAUGGAGGCGGAGCUCGACGGCGCGCUCGCGUCGAGCGACGACGACGACGACGGCUGCGGCCUGGACCACGACGACGACCUCGGCGAGACGGCGGCCUUCCGCGACGCGCGCGCGGCGGCCAAGGCCGCCGCGGCGAAGCGCGUAAGCGACGCGACGGCCGCGUCGGCCGACGACGACGACGACGACUCCUUCGCGGGCGACGACGGGUCCCCGGACGUGCCCGCCUGCGACGGCGGCGAGGCCGAGGGCGGCGUCUUCUUCCACACCUCCGGCCGCGGCGACGACUCCGAGCUGCUGACGACGUGCAAGCUCGGGGGCGACGCGCGCGGCGAGCCGCCGACGCCCAAGAUCUCCAAGCUCGCGCCGCCGCCCAAGGCCGACGCCCCGGCGCCGGCCUCCUACGACGACGCGCCCAAGGUGUUGAGCCUCCUCGGCGACCUGCCGACGCUCGACGCCCACAGGAAGGACCGCAAGCCCAAGAAGAAGGAGCUCAAGGCGUUCCUCGAUCUCGAUCUGGAAGUCCCCGUCGCGCAGCUCCACGUGAACAACGCGGACCACCGCGCGGAGCAGCGCGCGCUGGGCUACGUCCAGGGCGACCGGGGCCCGCUGUCGCCGACGAACAUGAAGCCCGUCGCCGACGGCGCGGUGCCGCGGCGCCUCUGCUGCGCGAUCAACGGCCACCUCAUGCGCGACCCCGUCCGGGCCCGGGGCAAGCCCCACGCGCCGGCCUUCGAGCGGGAGACCAUCGAGCUCUGGCUCGAGACGCGCGGCUCCGUGUGCCCCAUCACGGGGGCGCCGUUGGAGAAGAUCGACCUCGCGGCCGACGCGGCGCUCCGCAACGAGAUCGUGCGCUACCACAUCGCGCGCACGACGCUCGCCGACGAGCAGGACCCCUUCGAGCUCAUCAAGGCGUCCAAGACCACGAACGACAAGGGCGAGCCCCAGACGCCCACGCCCAAGGCGCGCGACGACGACGCCGAGGCCGACCUCUACGACUUUUGA